UCUUAGUGCGUUUGUGUCCAUCUACGCCUGUAGACUAUUUAUCUUAAAGGUUUCUUCUAUACAAAAAGGUCUUAUGAGUUAAUUCCUAUAUGAAAUUCCACCUGGACAAACUUAGAACCCCUGCCUUCAAUCAACGACGCUGUAGUAACACAAUACUCACACUAAUCAACUUUUUGAAGAAAGCAGAUUUGCUUUGUUUUUUUCUUUUUCUAUUUCCUCUUACGCAAAACAGUUUUUUUUUACUCUGGACUCUCUUGGCAGCAAAAUUUCCUUCUUCGUCUGCCCUCGAGAGGCUGAUUCGUUAGAAAAAUUUUCGUUUGCUAAUUUGUCCUCAACAAUAUUUUCCUUUCAGCUGUCGGAAGUUAUAGCCAUGUUUGGACAAUAUUGCAGUUCUAUGCAAUAAUUGACCUUUUGCAGAGAGGGAACAGGGGCGGUCGAAGUUAUUUUAAACACAGUGGAAUUAAUGCUCACUUUUCCCGUAGAAUUGUACCACUCAGAAUUUUUGUGACAAGUAAAAUUGAUUGGACGGAAGUCAAAAUAAUGCUUAUAUGGUCUUUACCGGUAAUGAUCAGAAAAUGCUUACAUCAUCAUGCAUGCGGAAUCCACCUGUAAAAAAAAGGUAUAAAAAGCUGCUCCGAGCCAGACGUUGCAUUAUUUCAGUCGAAAUCGGUGUGACCUGACACGAGCUGUACCGAAGUUGUCACAGUGACACAAAAUGAAAGGAGUCAUAAUGUUAGUAACCUUUGUCGCCAUUUUUUUCGUGCUGUUGGGAGUUGCAUCGGGAGAGCGUGAAAAUACAUGGCUGUUACGCUCUAAGGAUGGUCUUACAAGAAGAAGUUUGGCAGAUGUGAUAUUGCAGAGACCGUUUCUCAGGCGCGCAGAGAGAUCAGCUGGAAGAUUUAAACGUUGGUGGUGGUGUAGCCAAGACCCUCCACUUCCAGGUUGUGAUAGAAAGAUGAAACAAAAAAAUGGUUCACGUGGAAUUAAUUUGAAACAAUCAAAAUCGCAGCUGCUGGACUGAUUCGAAGUAAUUUUGACAACUUCAGUCGAUUCCAUAAACAUUAACACGCCACAAAUGAAGCCAAUUUGUAAAAGUACAUGAACCGUAUUAUCGUUUUACAAAUUUUAGCCGGAUAUUUUAUUUAUGCUGUCAAAUGAUAUUUAUUGGGUAUAUUGGGAAAAUUUAGAUAUACUUAUGAAGAUAGAUGUUCAAUUUGUAACUAUCAGCCGCUUACAAGACAAGCAGUACGGUUUAGGCUUCAGAGGCAAUAAAAAUUGUUGAAUCAAAAA